GUCUCAGGCUGAGUAUUAUAAAUAGAGUCCACACUAACACCAAUCUCAGAUGCGCUGUUAUACUCACUGAGGAAGCUUACAACAAUGUGUCGAAUGAUGGCAAACAUCAAGCGGAUCUCGAACCCCUUGGGGAAACGCUCUGCGCGGCGGAACCUGUUCGGCCCAGUUGACAGGGCGCAGCUGCGGGCGGACUACCAGGCCGCCCUGAGGAAAGACCUGGAGGAGGCGUCGCAGCGCUGGGGUUUCGACUUCAUAUCCAACCAGCCUCUGGCCAGUGGCAAUUUCCAGUGGGAGAGCGUCCCAGGCGCCAAGGUGCCACGACUCUACAGAUCCACUAUGCUGGGCAAGGCAGCGGGUCAAAGGGCAAGAGAGGUGACGGUCCACCCAAAGAGAGUCCGGGCGGGGCCCCCAGAGAACGAGAAGGAGAACAUCCCUGAAAACAAGUCCGAGAAAUGUCCUUUCAAUAUGGAGAGAACGCCAAGGAAGAUGGAGAAUGGAGGACUCAAGAGGAGGCAAACAAACAUUACAGAUUUCUAUCAGACAAAGAGAAGAGUCGUUGGAAUGCCGCUAAAAUCCAGUGAGUGAUUCACACCCUUCUCCCCCAAUUGGUGCAGCCUUCCUAAAAGAGUGCCAAUAUUCCAACAAGAACACUCAAGAAUGCCAAAUUGGGCAAAGACUGGACAGUUGCUUCUAGGGAGUCAACAUAAGGGACCUCAGCCAUCGUGCAUGUUUUUAACGUUCAUUUUGGGUCUUGUAUUCAUUGUAAAUGUGGGGCGGGGAUAUCAAGAUAUUAACAAUUGAUCUGCAGAGAUAACUGUUAAUCUUUGCACUAGUGGAUUUAUCAUUUGGAUCAAGUGAAUAUCCCAAGUGUCGACUGAAAUAACGGACAGUUUUCACGUGUCAGCCACACGGAAGCGGAGAAAUGUAGGAUGACCGUUACUUGAAAUAGACAUCAUCAGGGUUCACACCAAUCUGCCUCGACCAAAUCAACAAUGACGGAGGAUGGAAAGUCCAUUGGCUCCUCUUUGCUGGAAUCCACUUUUUACACUUUUUUUUUUUUUUUUACUUUGUUGUUUGUCAUUGAUGGGAACAAGUCAUCAUGUUUUGUAUUUUUUUUCUACCCCAAAUACCACUUACCGUGUGUUUAUACUUUAUAUUGUUCGAUGCAAGAAAGCGUUCUAAGGUGUUUUUUUUUUUUUUUUUUUUUUGCUUUACUUAGAUUAGAUGUGAUCGCAAAAAUGUUUUCACCCUCAGUUAGCGUAUUAUUUACUAAGCUAGAAUGAAGUGCCAAUCCUCUCCUAUUGCUCUAAUGUGUGCAAUGUAUUACACUAAUUGUUGUUCUCAGAUUAAAAAAAAAAAACGUUUGCAUCCUUCUUAUUUAUGUCUAUCUUAUUUUGGCAGUCCUGCUGCUUGGGUUAAUUUGAGCUGGUGUGGAAAAAGGUCAUUUCAAUGCUCACAAAGUGACAGCCUGGAGAUGAUGAGCCCAAAUAUUGACUGUACUUCCUGCUUAUUGAUGCUCGUGCACAGGGCCUGCUAUAUACUGUUUUAAGUGUAAAGCUACAAAUGAAAAAUCCACCCUUUAUUUAUUGUACUGUAAGUUGUGUUCAUUGACUUCAAAAUGAAAAUAAAAUAUCUGAAUUAAAUAA